AUGGAAUCAAGCAAGACGAAGUUUGGAAGUCUGACGUACAUCCGGAAGCCCAGGAAGCUGAGCUCGCGGAUCCCGUACGAGGACACGUUGCUGGGGCCGUCGUCGCGUUCUUCGAAACCUCGUCGAAAAUCCAAACGCGAUGUUUACAUCGCGUGCGAUGAGGUCCCUCCUUCAAAACGGCCACAUACAAAUUCUGCCGACGAGCUGCUCAAAGACUUUGACAUCUCGCGCAUAAAACAAGACACAGACAAGCUGCUGAACCAGCUCGACAGCAUCAAGAAACCAGAAAAGGAGGAGUCCAAGUAUAUCAACAAGCUCCUAUCCAAAGCGGACAAGGUGGAAACGGACGAAGUGGUGGCGGUGGCCGAGGCCCAGGGGCCGAUGAAACAUAUCUACGACGAUACAGAGGCUACAGAGCGGACGGCAAAGAAGUACAGGACGUUCCGGCCCAAAAUAUACACAAAAAAAGAACUGCUGGCUGCCACCGAAAAAUUGCUCGCUGUUGCAAGAGAUAUUUUAAAUGGAAAGACAGCCUCGUAUUUUUACGAGAUUGCACGGGAAUAUGCAGAGUCUUCGCCCCGCCUUUCCGUGACAGACUCUGAAAUAAUAAAUUUGCCCAAACAGAGGUACCAUGGGUAUAUUGGGUCUAUGCGCGCGAACGCCAUUACGCAGCAUUUGCUAAGCCAAUUGGACGAGCUCCUCACAGAUAAGAAGGCGAACAAGGUGCUGCAAUUUUGGGGGCGGAGCUAUUUCACGCGGUUUGUGCUCACGCCAGAGAUCAUUGCGAGGAUCGUGAAACAGGACGAGCAGGUGGACCUGGACAAAGCGUACGACAUGAUGGAGUCCACCGCCGAUUACGGGCUCUACAUCAUGGAUCAGAAGGAGCUUUGA